AUGGAGAACACGACAGAAGUGACACAGUUCAUUCUCCUAGGACUAACCAACACCAAAAAACUACAAGUUCCCCUCUUUCUAAUAUUCAUUCUCAUUUACGUGAUCAAUGUGGUUGGAAACAUGGGCAUCAUCCUCUUGGUUCUCUUGGAGUCUCAUCUCCAGGCGCCCAUGUACUUUUUCCUCAGUAACCUGUCUCUGGUGGACUUUGGUUACUCCACAGCUGUCAUUCCCACAGUCCUGGCUGGAUUCCUUACAGGCGGCGGGGUCAUCUCCUAUAAUGCGUGUGCUGCUCAGAUGUUCUUCUUUGCAGCCUUUGCCACUAUGGAAAAUUUCCUCUUGGCAGCAAUGGCCUAUGACCGCUACGCAGCGGUGUGCAGGCCCCUCCAUUACACCUCAACUAUGACGACAAGCAUGUGUGUUAGUCUGUCCACAGGCUCCUAUGUCUGCGGUUUCCUGAAUGCCUCCAUCCACGUUGGAAUCGCCUUCAGUCUCUCUUUCUGUGGGUCCAAUGUGGUCCACCACUUUUUCUGUGAUGUUCCAGCAGUCAUGGUUCUCUCUUGCUCAGAUAGGUAUGUUGGUGAGAUGGUUCUCGUUUAUGUAGCCAGUUUCAACGUCUUCUUUGCUCUCCUGGUUAUCUUAAUAUCCUACAUAUUCAUAUGUAUCACCAUUCUGAAGAUGCACUCCUCUGCAGGGUACCAGAAGGCUUUAUCCACCUGUGCCUGCCAUCUCACAGCAGUCUCCAUCUUCUAUGGUACGAUUAUCACGAUGUACUUACAGCCCAGCUCCAGUCAUUCCAUGGACACUGACAAAAUUGUGUCUGUGUUCUAUACCAUGGUCAUCCCCAUGCUGAACCCUUUGGUCUAUAGUCUAAGGAACAAGGAGGUCAAGAGUGCUUUCAAAAAGAUGAUUGCAAAGGCAAGAUCGUCAUUUUAA